UCCCUCCCUGGCGGGGCCUCUGCCAAUCGCAGAGGAGAGAGCAGUGGCCGGACACACCUCCUCCCGGCUCUGCAGCAGAACGGCUGGGCCCUCUGCCUGGUGGCUCACUGGAGCUCAGCUCCCCCUCCUGCCAUCUUCCGUUGCAAAGCAUUUCUGGGAGCUGCAUGUGGGUGACGCAGCAGCAUUGUUCGCAGGCACAGGAAGCCGCGGCUGAGCUGAAGGGCUCGAGAAGGAGCCCAGAGUGCUGCAGCUGCUACCCCUGGGUUAGAGCCGGACUGCCCUGCCUUAUGGGCCUUGGGAGAUUACAGAAUUUUCAAGUAAAUCAGGAUUUUCUUAGAGGCAGCAAACCUAACUCCUUCAGGACAACUUCCAAUACAGAAAACAAAACAAAGACGCUGGGGAAACUUCACCAAGAGCCUCGGCAGCUCCAGAGCGACAAGAAACGAAAGAUUUUGUUGGAGGAGCUUGCCAACAGUGAUCCCAAGUUAGCCCUCACUGGAGUCCCUAUUGUACAGUGGCCAAAAAGGGAUAAGCUUAAAUUCCCGACCAGGCCAAAGGUACGGGUUCCUACCAUCCCUAUCACAAAGCCUCACACUAUGAAACCAGCUCCACGGUUAACACCUGUGAGGCCAGCUGCUGCCUCCCCCAUUGUGUCAGGAGCCAGGCGGAGACGAGUGCGAUGUCGAAAAUGCAAAGCCUGUGUGCAAGGAGAGUGUGGUGUCUGCCACUACUGCAGGGACAUGAAGAAGUUCGGGGGACCGGGACGCAUGAAGCAGUCCUGUGUGCUCCGACAGUGCUUGGCGCCCAGACUGCCUCACUCAGUCACAUGUUCCCUCUGUGGAGAGGUGGAUCAGAAUGAGGAGACACAAGACUUUGAGAAGAAACUUAUGGAAUGCUGUAUCUGCAAUGAGAUUGUUCAUCCUGGCUGCCUCCAGAUGGAUGGAGAGGGACUCCUUAACGAAGAGUUGCCAAAUUGCUGGGAAUGUCCAAAGUGCUACCAAGAGGACAGCUCGGAGAAAACCCAGAAGCGGAAAAUGGAAGAGAGUGACGACGAAGCUGUGCAAGCCAAAGUCCUGCGGCCCCUGCGGAGCUGCGAUGAGCCCCUCACACCCCCACCUCACUCGCCCACCUCCAUGCUGCAGCUCAUCCACGACCCGGUUUCCCCCCGGGGCAUGGUGACUCGGUCAUCUCCUGGGGCUGGCCCCAGCGACCACCACAGUGCCAGCCGUGAUGAGCGCUUCAAACGGCGGCAGUUGCUGCGGCUGCAGGCCACAGAGCGCACCAUGGUACGGGAAAAGGAGAACAAUCCCAGCGGCAAAAAGGAGCUGUCUGAAGUUGAGAAAGCCAAGAUCCGGGGAUCGUACCUCACUGUCACGCUACAGAGGCCCACCAAAGAGCUCCACGGGACAUCCAUUGUGCCCAAGCUGCAGGCCAUCACGGCCUCCUCUGCCAACCUUCGCCAUUCCCCCCGUGUGCUAGUGCAGCACUGCCCAGCCCGAACCCCCCAGCGUGGGGAUGAGGAGGGGCUGGGGGGAGAGGAGGAGGAAGAGGAGGAGGAGGAGGAGGAAGAUGACAGUGCAGAGGAGGGGGGUGCAGCCAGGCUGAAUGGCCGGGGCAGUUGGGCUCAGGAUGGAGACGAAAGCUGGAUGCAGCGGGAGGUCUGGAUGUCUGUCUUCCGCUACCUCAGCCGCAGAGAACUUUGUGAAUGUAUGCGAGUGUGCAAGACGUGGUAUAAAUGGUGCUGCGACAAGAGACUUUGGACAAAAAUUGACUUGAGUAGGUGUAAGGCCAUUGUACCCCAGGCUCUUAGUGGCAUCAUCAAGAGGCAACCAGUUAGCCUUGACCUCAGUUGGACCAACAUCUCCAAAAAGCAACUGACAUGGCUCGUUAAUAGGCUGCCAGGACUAAAAGACCUCCUCCUAGCAGGCUGUUCCUGGUCGGCAGUCUCUGCCCUCAGCACCUCCAGCUGCCCCCUUCUCAGGACCCUUGAUCUUCGGUGGGCAGUAGGAAUCAAGGACCCUCAAAUUCGAGACUUGCUGACUCCACCAGCCGAUAAACCGGGUCAGGAUAAUCGCAGCAAGCUCCGGAACAUGACUGACUUCCGGCUGGCAGGGCUUGACAUCACAGAUGCCACGCUUCGCCUCAUCAUUCGCCACAUGCCCCUUCUGUCUCGACUCGACCUCAGUCACUGCAGCCACCUUACAGAUCAGUCCUCCAACCUACUCACCGCUGUCGGGUCUUCCACUCGUUACUCCCUCACAGAGCUUAACAUGGCAGGUUGCAAUAAGUUGACAGACCAGACCCUGAUAUACUUAAGGCGCAUUGCCAACGUCACCUUGAUCGACCUUCGAGGAUGCAAGCAGAUCACUCGGAAAGCCUGCGAGCACUUCAUCUCAGACUUGUCCAUCAACAGCCUCUACUGCCUGUCUGAUGAGAAACUGAUACAGAAGAUCAGCUAAGACAUACCCCAGCCAGACUGAACAGGAAACCGAUCUUCCCCUGACUCCCCACCAAGGAGAGCCUCUCUCCCUGACCCUGCACGGGCUCUGAGGCCAGCAUCACACUCCCUCUCUGCUCUCCUGUCCCUUGAGCCCUUCCGCUACAGGCAGGGUAGAGAGAGUGGUGGACCCCAGGCUUACCUGCCUGCUCCUCUCCCUCUAAAGAAAGGGAGUAGCAAAUUGAUCUGAGGGGAAAGCACAGGCUGUGCUAUUGUGGUGCCUGCUCACCUGUUAGGAGGCUGGGCUCUCAGUUGGGAGGGGGGGGUUGUGCAACCUUCAACUGCACUGGGCCCCAGGCCCACCCUCCCUGCCCAUGGUCCUCAGCAGUGCCUGGUUCUGAGCAGCUCCUAGGGAAGAAAGUGGCCCUGUCUCCACAGUCAGGUUCUCCUUGUGGUGUCCAGUGCGUGUCUCUCCUCCAUCACUCUCCCGGCUUAUGCAGGAGGGGGCUAGCAGCCCCAGAAAUUCCAGACCCGUGCAGAUCACUCUGGUGCUGUUGAGGUGUCCCCAGCCUCGCAUCCAUGUCCACUCUCCCUCCUGUCCGCUCCCCCUUUAGCUUGCUUCUGUCCAGCUCGUGCUCCUUCACAUAAUAAGGUUUCCCACCCAACUGUGUCCCAGACUACCCUCUAGUCUUUUUGAGGUCCUUAUUGCACUUAAUGGGGUUGAAGCUCUCCAAAGGAGCUGGAACUGUCUGCCCCAGGGACACACUCAUUCCACGGCUGCCCAGGCGGAUUCUGAGACAGGCACCACCUCCUUGUUUCCCCCUUCUCUUUUGCCUCCCAUUGGCUGCCCUUUUCCAUAUGUCCUCAUUCCUGCCUGAAUAGGGCUUUCCCAGGAUGCAUGUCCUCAGAGGGAGCAGCCUGUCUCCCACCAGCUGGGGGAGCUGAGGACUGGGCAAAUCUCUACCUGCCUCCUAGCAGGCUCCUCCAGGCCUCUGGUUUAGAGUAGGCCCCAGAGCCCGGGCCUGUGAAUAGACCCAGCAGCUCACUGAUCUGGCACCUUUGGGGGUGGGUGGGCAAGGGAUCCUGCUUAGAAGCCAGUCACCUGCCCUCUGCCUGCAGCCAUGGAAGGGGGUGUGCACGUGCCUCUGUGUGUGUGGCUGAGUGUGUUCUGUGUGUGUGAGGUGGGAGGUUGGGAGGGAGCAUGGUGUCUCCUACUCCACCGCCCUUUGUUAAGCCCCAUCAGCUGCCCCCUUUUACUUUGCAUUGAACGGCCUGUCCAAAGAUCCUCUCUCUAGGGCAGCAGAGAGCUUUUUGCACUUUAAAAAAAAAAAAAAGGAAAGAAAGGUCGGAAUUUCUUCUGGGUCUAUAUUUAAGUGUGUGAGGAGACGCUCAGUGGCAGCAGCCUGUGGCAAGAGCUUAUAUGUGAUAGAUGCAAAUUUGCACUCUGCUCCCCGACUGUAAGGAUGUUGAUAGCACAACCUCAUCCCCGCCUUGUCCUCUAACUCCAUCCCUUCCUGGCCCCUUUCCUGUAGCCCAUUCUUAGGCUUUCCUCCUCCUGAAGCCCUACCGGGUGAGAGGACAGCCCAGGCACCAGGGGUCUGAAGUGUGAGUCACCCAGAGGAGAGAUGCCAGCUGCACCCUGCCACUUCCAGAGCAAUAGAAGCAGAGGGGUCCCCUCUUUGCCACCCAGCCCAGCUUUGACUUUGGCAUUAACUGGCCGCCUUAGAGGAAACUGGGUCUUGGUAAGGGGUGGCAUUUUGUCUGUUUCUUCCAAUCUGCUGAUUCUCUUGGCUGCACCUUAAAAAUAGCAGUCUGCUCCUGUGACCCUCUCUGCCCCUUCCAUUGGUCUCCAGGCCCCAGUGACCUGGGGCUGCAACUUUGAGGAAAUGCCAGUGACUUAUUCCAGAGUGCCUCAGUUAGGGGACUUCUCUGUAAAGAACCCUGGGUAUGAGCAAAAACCUUAUUAAUAUUAUUGUUAAUGACCUAUAAUUGGAAGCUUCCUGCCUUUUUUUGGUUGCUCCUGUGGAAAAUACUGAAAAGAUUACUUCAUUCUGUUUUAUUCUUUUUAUAAAAGGGGAGGUGGAGAGACCCCUUCAGAGCAGGGAUUGUGCCGGGAGAGUGCCUCUGACUUUGGGACAUUUCAUCCACAGAAAUUUCCAAGCUGAUGGUUUGUUUUGGGUUUUGGUUUUUAUGUAUGUUUGUUUUUUGGUUUGGAAAAACAAGCAUUUUUACCGUGCACGUAAAUUGGUCAGCAGAAAAGGGAGCCCAGGAGUGGCAGCGGAUGGAUGAUGCCCUUGCUGGGUCUUACUUUUCUUUGGGACUAUGAGGGGGAAAUGAUUUUUAGAGGUAAGGGUUGGUCCAUAUGGAAGAAAGAAGUAUCUCUGUUGGGGAACAGAGUAACCUGGGGAGUCCAUCACAUUUCCUACGUCUGCUCUUAGAUACGGCCUUGCCCGGAGAGCCGCCCUCCUCAGACUGCAGGACCAGACCCUGCCUCCAUCUUCCCAAGCACCGGGGGCGAAAAACCACAAAGGAAAGGAAGAAAAUUUAUAUAUAUAUAUAUAUAAUAUAAAAUCACUUGGUGAUUAAAAAAAUAACUGCUCCAUAAAUAAAACUCCUAAAGUCACUAUGUUUAAAGGGUUUGGUUGUGUUUUUUGUUUUUCGGAGAAAUAUUGUAAAUAUAUAUUUUUUGUUGCUGAUUUAGCGUUAAUCUCCAAUGUUGUGCUAAAAAAAUUUAAAUUAAAUGUAAGCAUUAAGGAGUCUUAUGCUAUCUCAGUUGACACAUUGGGGUUAUUUUGGGCCAGGGAAGGAGGGAAGCUUGUUGGACUUUGUUUUGUUUUUCUACAAGUUCUCCAUUAUUGGUUUUAGAGAGAGCAAGGACAUCUAUCCUCUGACACAUGGGAAUGGGAGAUAUUUGUGUAAUAAAAUUUUGAAAAGACAAAAAACAAGUAGCCUCCAAUGGGAAGUAUUUUGAUUUGGGAUUUUUUUGUUUUUGUGGGGGGUGGUGUUUUUGUUUUGUUUUGUUUUUUAAAUAAAAAGGCUUUAAA